UUGCCUUGUGGGAUAUGCUUUAGUUGUUUAGCAUACCAACGGAAAAUACAUGUAGGAAGUAAGCUUUUGUUGUUGAAAACCCGAGAAAAUCUUGGUGAAAUUCUUCGUGGACUUGCAUCGUAAAACGUUCAGAACCAAACGGAACUAUGACCCAUGAAAAUCCAGGGAUAAAAUUUCGCGAUCUGUCGUCAAUCGAUUGAUACUAAAGGAAAUCUCAAGUCGUGAACUAGAAAAUGCUUUCGACUUGGACGAUACCUACAGACCCUGGAUUUGAUACACGAAGGCCUUCUAGCGCUGAUAGAUACAGUCCAGUCUAUGCAGAAAGGCUACCGAAAGCACGAGUGAAGCCCGAAGCGCUUUCUAAUGCAAUCAAGAACCAGGGAACUCUGGCGCAGUUGUUUAAUCCUCAAGCAAGACCAUACUCUAUCGGAUCAAGACCCUCAAAUCAAGUUCUACUUGGAAUGUUUUCUACUCAGGAUGCUCCUCCUCCCCCUCUACAGAGAUCGAACUCUGCAACAUUUCUUCGAGCUGGUUCAAGAAAUGGUCCUCCAGUCAAGGACCGACCCACAUCAUGUGAGCCUGUUAUUCCACGUGAGAUGAAGUUGACUGUUCCUAAGGCAACUAUUGCUAAAGAGGCUCCUCCUCCCCCUCUACAGAGAUCGAACUCUGCAACAUUUCUUCGAGCUGGUUCAAGAAAUGGUCCUCCAGUCAAGGACCGACCCACAUCAUGUGAGCCUGUUAUUCCACGCGAGAUGAAGUUGACUGUUCCUAAGGCAACUAUUGCUAAAGAGCACAAACCGCAAGUGAAAAAUGUCAAUCAUAUUGGUCAAAAUGUUCGCCGUGCUCCCUCACCUCUCAGACCACGCCCACCCUCAGUGGUUGCAGCCGAGAAGUUAGCAGCCAAGAAGCAGGAAGAGGAGAAACGUUAUCAAAGAGGAAAAGUACCCAAGUACCUUAAAGCUCGUCAACAACAAUGGAAGGAAGAAGAAGCGAUAAGAAUUGCUAACAUGCCAGAUCCCAGUGUCCCCCCUGGACACACGCUAAUGCCAAGGGAAGAACGACUACAGACGUUGGCUAGCCUUCAAAAGAAUCAGACAGAGCUUCUUGCCCAAUUAAACGCACUUCCUGUAAGAGUUGACACACUGCGUGUAAAGACAACAAAAGCCGAACUUGAAAGGAAACUUUCCGAAAUAGAAAGUGCUAUCAAAAUUUUCUCCCGACCCAAAGUGUUUGUAAAAGUGGACGAAUGAUAACCUUAGUGGAGAAGCCAACGGAGAAAAAAACUGCCUUACCCCUCUCGUGUUGAAUUGAGAUUACUUGAGGAGCAUGAGACAUAGAACUUGGAUGACAAUAGAAGAAACUGUUGGGUUGGAGAUUCUGUACAGUGUACGUCGAAAGAGAAACCUGGUUAAGCUUGCGGAAGGGAAAGUUUUUGAACAUAUGAUUAAAUCUGUGAUACUUUUGUUUUUUCUUACACAGAGAAAAUCCCACGUAUAUGAAUAUUUUACAUAUCCAUUAUUUUAAAACUGAAAGAAAAAUUCAAGAAUAGACAUCGAAACCUUUCAUAUCUUGUGAAACUGAAGUUCCUCCUCUCAUCGAGAAUUUGAGCACGAAAGUCAUAUACCAAGAUAGUGCUGCACACGUGUUGUGAUUGGUUCAAAGCUGUGUGCAUUAUGACAUUGUCGGUUCAUUUGAACGAAUGACUGCAGCAAAAGCAAAGCUGGUCUGUUUUUAUAAUAAUUUGAAUUUUCAUCAAACAUAGUCUAUUCAAGCCUUCUGUAAACUAUUGUAAAUAAACUUUGUACCCACU